UUCCGUCCAUAACCUCGAAGGCGUGCCGAAAUUGCGAUAAUUUAAAAAAUGGGUUGAACUAAAUAUGGCCAAGUAUUUAUGCCGAUACCCUAGACGCAGGAUAGGGUUUUUCGUUAUCCCUUCGCUGAUUAUAUCGUUCAUUUUUAUCGUGUACCAAGUGAGCAUAUUCUAUCAGUUCAUAUCGGGCGACGCUGGCGCGGGCAAACCAUUUUCGGGGAUGUCUCGGAUCAGGGGCACGCAUCCCCAAGAGGAGCACUUUUACGUUCCGCGAUACGGCAAAUUCGUUUGCAUCAAAAGCAUGGAAAUACUGGAGUUUAACAAAGUGAACGACGACUAUUGCGACUGCUUGGAUGGUACCGACGAACCCGGUACCAAUGCGUGCCCAAAUGGAGUGUUCUAUUGCUCGACUACGACCGAACACAGAAAAUUCCCAAAGCUCGUACCUUCUGCCAAGGUUAACGAUGGUAUAUGUGAUUGUUGUGACGGGUCUGACGAGUACAAGAAUCUGCAGUUAUUGAAUGUUGACAGACAAAUGCAAGAAAAAACGGGGCACUAUCUAGUGCCUUGCCCCAACGCCUGCGGCACCUAUUUGUAACGACUUGUAUUUAACUUAACUUUUUACAUAAAUAUAUUUUUGUUCCAACAGA